UUGAUAAUUCGUAUUUGACAGACGAUUGCCGUAUUUUUGAGAAAUAAAUAUUUUUAUUGAAAAACAUGUAAUUUGUAUCGCGAGGUACACGUGUAUAGUUGCAAGUGGGUGUCAUAAAUAGUGGAUAAAAAUGGAUCAUUUGAAAGUGUACAUUUUGUGUCUUUGCUUUGUACUUUCGUUAGCAACAUUGCAUGGCCCUGAUAGUCAAGAAGCCAAGAAGACCGAUGAAACCUCAGACGAUGACGAAAAACCAGUUGAAAAUUUGGAGACAGAUACACCUUCGGAGACAGAGUACUACAAUGAAAUAAGCGAAGCAUUUAAAAAGCAGAUUAUUUCUAUGCAAGAGUAUGCCUACGCUGUGAGUAAGGAAUCAUUGGAAUCCGCUCAAUCCGAGAGUAAUCUAGAACAAAUGGAAUACACUCUUAAAUUGCUAAGAAACAGUCUAUUGAAACAGACAGAGCCUAAUUGGAUGCCACCCGGUAAAUCUUCCGAUACUGAGGGUAAAGAGUUCGAGGAUAUGGAAGAGAAUCCACAAGACAUUCUGGACACAUUGCCGCCGUUACCAGAGGAAGAAGAAGUUGAACUUUCACCUGAAAUGAAAGAGGCAAAAGCAAUUUACGACGCAGCAAUAGAAAAACUAGAACGUAGAUCACCUGACCUCAGAGGAGCGAUUCUGCAAGUGAAGCAAGCUGCGGAUUCAGGCUAUGUACCGGCUAAGAUAAAACUGGCCUGGUCGUAUAUUUACGGAGAGGGAGUGGAGCUUGAUGUGUCCAAGGCUAAGAAGAUAUUUGAAGAGUUAAGUGAGCAAGGGAAUGCUGAUGCUCAUGCAGGCAUGGGCUUUCUGUAUGGCACGGGAGUGGGCGUCCCCGUGUCACAGGCACGAGCAUUAGUACAUUACACACUAGGCUCGUUAGGAGGCAGUGACUAUGCUCAGAUGGCACUCGCUUACCGCCACUGGGCCGGUGUUACGCUACCCAGCAGCUGUCCGAAGGCCAUGGAUCUCUAUAUGAAAGUGGCGCAUAAGGUGGCUGGGCAGGUGAGCCUGAGUGGUGGGCCAGCCGUCCAGCGAGUGAGGUUGAUGGAUGAGGCGGAGGGCGGAAGCGCGGGCGCCGCGCUCGACACCGACCUCAUCGAGUACUACCAGCUGCUGGCCGAGAAAGGCGACGUGCAGGCGCAGGUUGGACUUGGGCAACUGCACUUCCAAGGAGGGCGAGGAGUAACGCUGGACCUAAACAAGGCUUUACACUAUUUCCAGCAGGCUGCUAAAACCGGCAAUGCAGUUGCCAAUGCAUUUUUAGGCAAGAUAUAUCUAGAAGGAGGUGAUGGAAUCAAAGCAGACAAUGAAACAGCUUUAAGAUAUUUUAGAAAGGCGGCUGAGCUGAACAAUCCUGUGGGACAAAGUGGCUUGGGCAUUAUGUAUUUACAAGGUCGUGGAGUACCAAAAGAUACGGCUACGGCUUUUAAAUACUUUGCCAUGGCGGCGAAUCAAGGUUGGGUAGAAGGACAACUGCAUCUUGGAUUCAUGUAUUUUGGCGGUAUCGGUGUUCGGCGUGAUUUCAAGCAAGCUAACAAGUACUUCUCACUGGCAUCACAGUCCGGCCACGUGCUCGCACUUUACCAUCUCGCUCAAAUGCAUGCACAGGGACUUGGUGUACUACGCUCUUGUACUACCGCUGUUGAGCUGUUCAAGAACGUGUGCGAGCGCGGCGCAUGGGGCGCGCGCCUGAUGCUGGCGCACGCGGCGUGGCGCGCGCGCGACUCCGACUCCGCCUUCCUGCAGUACCUGGCGCUGGCCGAGCGCGGCUACGAGGUGGCGCAGAGCAACGCCGCCUUCCUGCUGGACGACGGUGAGACGCGGCUGUUCCCCGAGGCGGAGCGCUGGCGCCGCGCGCUGCAGCUGUGGGGCCGCGCCGCCGCGCAGGGCUGCGCCGGCGCGCGCGUCAAGCUGGGCGACUACCACUACUACGGGCAGGGCACGCCGCGCGACCUGGACGCCGCCGCGCACCACUACCGCAUCGCCGCCGACCACCUGCACAGCGCGCAGGCCACGUUCAACCUGGGCUACAUGCACGAGCGCGGGCUGGGGCUGGCGCGCGACCUGCACCUGGCGAAGCGCUGCUACGACCUGGCGGCGGACGCGUCUCCGGACGCACGUCUGCCCGCCGCGCUGGCGCUGGCGCGACUGCACGCGCACUCCGCGCUCGAGAGCUUGCUGGAGUCUCUUUCCCAGAGUCCGCUCGCGUUCAUCUUCCUGACCGGCGAGUCGACAUUCCUAUCAAACUGGGACCUAUACCUCAUCACGGUUCUAGUUGGAGCACUCGGUUUGGUAAUCUAUCUCCGAAGACCCAACCAACAAGUGUAAAGGAGUUUCUCUCAAUCCAGCCAAUUCUUUGAAAUGAGCAAAUAAUAACAACUUUACUUGAACGCCAUUCUCCGACGGUGUUCAAAUCAACAGUAUAACUGAACGAACUAUUUAAUUAAACAAAGAUACACUCAAGAACCCUGCCAGAGCUAGUCAAAGUGAUUUAGCGGUUAUCAACAAGUGAAACAAUAAAAUUGUUAUUUAUUUUAGUUAAGAAUGUAGGAUGUUUUGUACAAUCCAGGGGAUGUUGAAUUGUCAUUAUAAGUUUUAAUAUAAACACGAGGAUAAGACAAAUUAUAUCAUUAAAAUCAGUUCUUGACUUAUUGAAUGACAGACAUGUAUUCAUUUGCAAGUAAAUAAUUCACUAUCUACAUAUCAAUUUUAUUAUAAUCGAUUAUGUAGUUUAAACGCAAGAGGUUGACAAACAUCCAUUUAUUUAUCCCCACAUAUUUUUUCUUAUUAUUGUAAAUCUGUAUGGAUUCAUACAUCUCAUACAGGGACUAGUAAGGUCAACAAUGUGUUUUGGAAUGCAGCCAUCCAAAGGCUACGGUAAUGUUUACCAUCAGGAGCAUAUACGUACAUACAUUUUAAUAAGUAACCCUAUUGGUACAAAAACAGACAAAUACUGUUAUCGCUAAAUCAUUUUCUCUAGUCCUCUAAUGUACUCUUGUAUUUGACAAGACUUACAUAUGUCGUACAUAAAAACCUCAUUUCAUUUAUCAUACAAAUUCGGAUUGCGAUGAAGAAACAUUUGCAUAUAUAAUGUGACAAACUACAAUACAUAAGUGAUUUUCGUGCAAUUACCAUUCAAAAAUAUCAAAUAAUAUAAUAUACAUUAUUUAUUUAAUUUUUUUUUUUAAGUUCCUUACAAAUUAAUUUACGUCAAAUGAUUUUGUAAUAAGAAGGUUUUUCUUAAGAAAGUUGAUAGAAAAUAAUUUUCUUUUUUAUAUGUUUUCGCUUGAUUGUGAUGUAUGUAAAGAAAACGCUGUAAAUAAAUAGUUUUAAUAAAUUU